AGCAUUUACGUGAUCUUUGCAGAAUGCGACGGAUUAUACUAUUGUUCCUAGUUGUUAGCUUAUGUCUAGCAUACAAUGAUCGUUAUGCGAAAGAUUAUGGCACAAGAGACUACAGCAUUGAUGAUUCAGUGGUUUCUUAUCCACGAUCAGUCACGCAUACCUUCCCAAAUCGCACACAAUGCCUGGAACUCUGCGAAUUACCCUGUACAAUCACAAACGUCUAUAUGGAAAAUCGUAAUAUUGAGAUGUACAACUGCGUAAAGCUUCGGCCACCCAAGGUGUCAAUGCUUGGCUCAAUCAAGGCCAAUUCCUUCUAUAUGACACUGCUAGUGCUCGGUGUGAUCACACUAGCCAUAGUGUUAUUCAUAACGUUGUGUUUCUGUUGUUCAUACUGUUGUCGUCAGCCAGUAGGCAGCAGAGGCUCAUCGAAGGAUGCCUUGAACCCGAAUGAUGACGGAGAAUUUAGAGAAUACCUGACCGAACCCGAUGUAGGAGCAAUUCGAAAAGAGCGGGAUUUUUCCAGAAGACCACGACCAACUCCCCACGUUGUCUAGGCAAAUUAUAUCAAUCUCAAACUAUAAGCAUAUCGAUUUAUCGAUUCCACUUGCAAUAGAUCGACCAAUUUUUUCGUCUAUGCAAAAUUAUGUAUCAUUAUUUCUCGCCUUCUCUCAUCAUCAUUCCUCACGGGUUUCGUUCUGCCUGAUAUUGGUGCAUGUCAUAGCUUUCUCAUUUCAUUUCUUAUAUCAUUUUAUCUCACGCUUAUUAUUCGCGAAAUUUUCUUCGUUCUCCCGACUUGGGUUCUUUUCCAUCUGCGACACUCAUUAUAUGAUGAUCAAUUCGUACUGAUAUCUCUCUGUAGUCUCCAAUAGCGUCUAUUAGUAAUAGUAUUCGAGG